AUGUCGGAGUCGCCGCCCCCACCGUCAUGGAGUAUCGCCGGUAUGGCCAACAGUGCCGUACAAUUCUUGCGAUUGCCAGUUCUGGCGUCUUCCGGGUUGGCUGUGGUAGCCAGCGGUCUUUUGUACUUUAAGCAGAAUGAGCUCAUUUAUCCUCGCAACGUGCCCGUGGAUGCGCGGACAAACGUCCCCAAGCCCCAACAGUUUGGAAUCACAGACUACGAAGAUCUACAAAUUCCGACCCCCGAUGGAGAGUCGUUAAAUGCCCUGUUCAUCCGCCCUUCGCGCAAACGUAUAGGCCCGAGUAUCACCGUGUUGAUGUUCCAUGGAAAUGCCGGAAACAUCGGGCAUCGCAUCCCCAUCGCAAAGGUUCUACAAGAUGUCUUGGGUUGUAAUGUCUUGAUGGUGGAGUACCGUGGUUACGGUUUGUCGACAGGUACACCGGACGAGGCGGGCUUGAAAAUCGAUGCUCAGACGGGGCUAGAAUAUAUCCAACAGCGACCGGAAACCCGAGACAGCAAGAUUGUGGUAUAUGGACAGAGCUUGGGUGGAGCCGUGGCGAUCAACUUGGUUGCCAACAAUCAAGGCAAUGGUGCGAUCGCUGGACUGAUCCUUGAAAACACAUUCCUGAGUAUUCGCAAAUUGAUUCCCACGGUCUUCCCUCCUGCUCGUUACCUUGCCCGUUUCUGCCACCAGUACUGGACCAGCGAGGAUAUCCUACCUAAGAUCACACAGGUCCCCGUUCUCUUCCUGAGUGGGCUGAAAGACGAGAUUGUCCCACCAUCCAACAUGACUCAGCUCUUCGCUAUCUGCAAAUCCGACCGCAAGGUUUGGCGUACACUUCCAAAUGGAGGACACAAUGACAGUGUUGCUGAGCCCGGCUACUUCGAGCAUAUUCUCUCUUUUGUGAGGGAGGAAGUCCUCGCGGACGGUCAAUAA